UGCCGAGAUCCCCCCGGCUCCCCGAGUCAUCCUCGCUUCCAGAAGUCGCAGCCUGCCCAGUUGUCAAGUGGAAAUCCUGUAUAUGAAAAAUACUAUAGACAGGUUGAUACAGGCAACACUGGAAGGGUGUUGGCUUCAGAUGCUGCUGCAUUCCUGAAAAAAUCAGGGCUUCCAGACUUGAUUCUCGGAAAGAUUUGGGAUUUAGCUGACACAGAUGGCAAAGGUGUCCUGAACAAACAAGAAUUCUUUGUUGCUUUGCGGCUUGUGGCAUGUGCCCAGAAUGGACUGGAAGUUUCACUCAGUGGCUUGAAUGUGGCUGUUCCCCCACCAAGAUUUGUAAGAAAAGAUUUUCAUGACUCCAGUAGUCCUUUGCUAACUGGAGGGACUUCAGCCACCGAGCUUCCUUGGGCUGUAAAGUCUGAAGACAAAGCCAAAUAUGAUGCCAUUUUUGAUAGUUUAAGCCCAGUGGAUGGAUUUUUGUCUGGUGAUAAAGUGAAACCAGUAUUACUCAACUCUAAGUUACCUGUGGAAAUCCUUGGAAGAGUUUGGGAGUUGAGUGAUAUUGACCAUGAUGGAAAGCUUGACAGAGAUGAAUUUGCAGUUGCCAUGUUUUUGGUAUAUUGUGCACUGGAGAAAGAACCUGUGCCAAUGUCCUUGCCUCCAGCCUUGGUGCCACCUUCUAAGAGAAAAACGGUCAGUAUAUCAGGCUCCAUGUGGUUGAUCCCCUCUUCAGCAGCCAAGGAAUCUUACCACUCCUUACCAUCUGUAGGCAUUUUACCUACCACAGCACCGUUAAGACAGUGGGUUGUAACCCCUGUAGAAAAGGCUAAAUAUGAUGAAAUCUUCCUAAAAAUUGAUAAGGAUAUGGACGGAUAUGUAUCUGGGAUGGAGGUCCGUGAAACCUUCCUGAAAACAGGUUUACCUUCUGCCUUACUAGCCCACAUUUGGGCACUGUGUGACACAAAGGGCUGUGGGAAGCUUUCAAAAGACCAGUUUGCCUUGGCUUUUCACUUAAUCAAUCAAAAGUUAAUAAAGGGCAUUGAUCCUCCUCAUAUUCUCACUCCUGAGAUGAUCCCACCAUCAGACAGGUCUAGUGUACAAAAGACCAUCACAGGAUCAAGUCCUGUUGCAGAUUUCUCUGCUAUUAAGGAACUAGAUACCCUUAACAAUGAAAUAGUUGAUCUACAGAGGUAUGUAAAAUAA